GCGGGACUGUCAAAAAAUUGCUUCUGCGCCUGAACAUUUCUCUGAGACUAAUUAGAUCACGGGAAAAGUCACCCAAGCAUGGAAAGUUAUAGUCAGCGGUUCGAGUCCAGAACAGGACGAGACGGUAAAACUCCGAAGAAGAAAGGUGCUUCUCACCACACCACGUCGUAUUGUGAUGAAGGAGACCGCAAACCAAAGUUUAACUUGCCCUUUAGAAGCAUCACAGACGAUGUGCUGGACAGAUUUGCCAGUAUUCGAAUACCAGGGAGUAAAAAGGAGAGACCACCCUUAACUCUGUCGAAACACAGCACAAGUGACUGGCCCACCGCUUCUACAUCCACCCCGCAUCAUUUUGAGGAGCUGUCCUCAAAGAUCACCUCAGAAAAAGAAAUCCUGGCUCUGUUUGAAAAGAUGAUGGAGGACAUGAACUUGAAUGAGGACAAAAAGGCGCCUUUGAGGGAAAAGGGCCUCAACAUGAAGCGAGAAAUGGUCAUCCAGUAUAUGUUCACAGCCUCCAAAACGGGUAACCUAAGAAACAGCCAUCAGAUAUCUCCCCAGGAAUUCCUUGGUGAGCUGAAGUCAGGCGUGAUGGACGAACGGCUGUUUGCAUGUCUAGACUCACUGCGAGUGUCUCUUACCAGCAACCCUGUCAGUUGGGUGCAGAGUUUUGGGCACGAGGGCCUCGGACUCCUGCUCGACAUUUUGGAGAGAUUGCUGUUCAAAAAACAGCAAGAGAAGAUUGACAAGAAGAACCAACAUAAAAUUGUUCAAUGUCUCAAAGCAUUCAUGAACAAUAAGUACGGCCUGGAUCGAAUCUUGGAGGAGGAGAACAGUCUUGCUUUGCUGGCAAGAGCCAUCGAUCCGAGUCAGUCUGCCAUGAUGACCGACGUUGUAAAGCUCCUGUCAGCCAUUUGCAUUGUAGGCGAGGAGAACACUUUGGAGAAGGUUCUUGAGGCCAUUACGACAGCAGGAGAAUGGCGAUCCAUUGAAAGGUUCAGUCCUAUCGUGCAGGGACUACGAGAUCGCUCCAUACAGCUACAGGUGGCAUGCAUGCAGCUCAUCAAUGCCCUGGUAACAUCUCCCGAUGAGCUGGACUUCAGGCUGCACAUUAGAAAUGAAUUUAUGCGCUGUGGACUCAAAGAGAUAUUGCCGCACUUAUUGACCAUCAGGAAUGACGCCCUUGACAUUCAGCUGAAAGUGUUCGAGGAGCAUAAAGAAGAAGACAUGAUGGAGUUCGCUCACAGACUGGAAGAAAUCCGGAUAUUUCCAUUAAUCUGUGAGCCCUUGACUCUUUGUACUGAUGCGGGGGAUGUGUUCAGCAUUGUGCAGAGCAUUGUGAAGGACACCGGUGCAGAGCCCUACUUCCUCUCCAUCCUGCAGCACCUGAUGCUUAUACGCAAUGAUCACUUGAUCAGGCCCCAGUACUUUAGGAUCAUCGACGAGUGCGUUUCUCAGAUUGUGCUGCACCGCAGCGGCACCGACCCAGACUUCAGUUACCGCAAGCGCCUGGAUGUUGAUUUCAGUCACCUUUUAGAGGUGUGCGUGGAAAAAGCUCGGAUUGAUGACUACGAACAACGAGCCUUAGAACUGGCACAGAAGUUUGAUGAGGAGUUCCUCAGCAGACAGGAGGCCCAAGCUCAGCUGGCCAAGUAUGAAGAGCAAACAGCUGAACUCCAAGCAGAGUUGCAGGCCUUCAGGUCUCAGUUUGGAGCUGUACCUCCACCCAAGAGUGGAGCGCCACCUUCAUUUCCAUCUGGACCCUCGACCUCUCCUCCAAAACCAGGAGUGCCAGGUCCCCCUCCUCCUCCUCCUCCACCCCCUCCCCCUCCACCUCCCCUACCUGGCUGCCCAGUUGCGCCUCCUCCACCCGGAAUGCCCCCUCCUCCAUUUGUUGCCCCAUUUGGUGCCUUGGGCUCACCCACCCACCACACGCUGCCUUUUGGCCUCAGGCCCAAGAAGGAGUUCAAGCCUGAGACCUCCACGAAGCGCCUCAACUGGUCAAAGAUUCGUCCCCAGGAAAUGUCAGAUGGCUGUUUCUGGGUUUUGGCUGAUGAGGACCGGUACUCAAAACCAGAACUGCUCAACAGAGUUGCUCUUACAUUUGGUUCCCAGAGAGCAGACUGUGAGGAGAGUGUAACAGCAGAGGAGCCACCUAAAAAAGAAGAGGAGGAUCUGGAGGAUAAGAAAUCCAUAAAGAAGAGAAUUAAAGAGCUCAAGGUGCUCGAUCCCAAGAUUGCACAAAAUCUGUCCAUCUUCCUGGGUUCUUUCCGUAUGCCUUAUCAGGAGAUCCGAUGCAUGAUAGUGGAGGUGGAUGAAGAGCAGCUCACUGAACCUAUGAUCCAGAACCUUGUAAAGCACCUCCCCGAGCAGGAGCAGCUGAACACAUUGGCCAAAUAUAAAAACGAGUACUCUAAUUUGUCAGAGCCUGAGCAGUUUGGGGUUGUGAUGAGCAGCGUGAAGCGCCUGCGACCUCGUCUCAGCCACAUCCUCUUCCGACUGCAGUUCGAGGAGCAUGUAAACAAUUUGCGCCCAGACAUCCUGGCAGUAAAUGCAGCGUGUGAAGAGGUCAGGAAGAGCCACGCUUUUGGCCGCCUGCUGGAGCUCGUGCUGCUGCUAGGGAAUUACAUGAAUGCAGGCUCUCGAAAUGCCCAGUCUUAUGGCUUUGACCUCAGCUCCCUCUGCAAGCUAAAAGACACAAAGUCAGCAGACCAGAAGACCACUUUGCUUCAUUUCCUGGCUGAAAUUUGUGAGGAGCAGUUUCCAGAUGUCCUCAAGUUUGUUGACGACCUGGAACAUGUGGAUCGAGCUAGCAGAGUCUCUGCAGAGAACCUGGAAAAGAGCCUCAGGCAGAUGGAGAGGCAGCUGCUGCAGCUCGAGAAAGACCUGGAGACUUUCUCCUCCCCCGAUGACCCCCGUGACAUGUUUUUCACCAAAAUGGUCAACUUUAGCAAAGUUGCACGAGAGCAGUACGGCAAGCUGGUGAUCAUGCACAGCAACAUGGAGACAUUAUAUCAGAAUGUUCUGGAAUACUUUGCUGUGGACCCCAAGAAGACCUCUGUGGAGGAGCUGUUCACCGACCUCAGCAACUUCCGCUCCAUGUUUGCACAAGCACUGAAGGAAAACUUCAGGCGCCGAGAGUUAGAGGAGAAACAGAAGCGAGCGCGAGCAGCGAAGGAGAAGGCUGAGCGUGAAAAACAGGAAAGACAGCAGAAGAAGAGGAGGUUACUGGAAGUCAAUGCAGAGAACGAUGAGACUGGUGUGAUGGAUAGUUUGCUGGAAGCUUUGCAGUCCGGAGCUGCAUUCAGAGACCGCAGGAAGAGAGCCCCAAGAUCCAAAGAUAACCACCAGUUGACCAUCAGCCCCGGCUCCUUCCGGCAGGUUCUCAGGCCUGUCAACUAUGAAAACAACAAGGCCCUUUUGCAAAGGUCUCGCUCUCGGCAGAAUGUAAAUGCGAGCUCGGUGGCGGCGAAGGCUCUCCCUGCCAAGGAGGUGCGUAAUGAGUCUGAGGGCCAUCCGUCUGCAGCCAGAGUGAAGGCGCCUGGCUGCUCGGAGUCUGGCGGCAGGUGCAGGAACGCUCCAGGUCACAGCAAAGAGAAGCUGCCGGAUCAAGAGACGGUCAAAGUGACUGAAAAAGAGUCGGAGCUUGAAGCUGAGGCUGAGUCCGAUAUCGAGGCUCUUCUGGCUCGGCUCCGAGCUUUGUGA